AUUGUGUACGCGCAGUAUAUUACGCUAUGCACAGAUGAGUGGGUACUUGUAUUUUCUUUAGAGCGGAUGAAAGUUACAAACAAAAUCAGUAUUUUUUCGACAGAAUUGUGUCUCGAGAGCGUUCCUGCCUUGUCAGGAGAAUAAAGGGUUCCAUCAACAUGACGGAGGUUUUGCAGGAAUUAGUUUCAGAUGCGAGAAAACAUCGAUUUUCGACGAUUCCAAAUGUCACCGAUGACGAUGUUGUCAGUGUUUGGGCGAACGUUGCUUCGUUUGUUGAGCGGCACAUGCAUAUGCAAAAGGGAGUGAAUAUACCAGGCCUAGGUACAUUCACAUUCACACAGAAGAAACUGGACAUUGGUAACAAUAAGUUCAUUCUCAUCCAGCGCCCGGUAUUCAGUCUAUCGGAGAAGUUUGCACAGACUCAUAGACUGGACUAUGCAAAGCAUUUCACAUCAGGUCAAAUUCCUAUUGUCCAACUCAACUUCUCUGUACUGUCUGCUGAGAGUCCCUUUGAUCGUGACACAGUGGAGCGAUGUGUCAAAGAAGUCCUCCUGUCAUUAUCACGCUCAGUGCAAUCAAACCGCAAUGUGGAGUUCACGUUCAGUGGUAUCGGUCGUCUGGCAAUACGAGAUGGCAAAGUCAAAAUGAAAUUCUACAAGGAUUUCUUGAACAUGAUGGAUGGCUCAGGAACUUUGGCGGAGGCUUUGAAAAAUAGACCAGACACAGCUGAUUCUGUUAUGUCUAGAGCUUCUACUUACAGACCCCUGACUGGAAACACGCUAGUAUUACCAAGAAUCUCCCAAGGUUCUGGCAGAGAUGGAUUAGCUUUGGAAAACGAGGAACCAACGAGACGGAUGCCAACUAUUGAUGAGAAUCAGGUGGCAGCAAACAAAGGGGAGGAGCUACGGGAACAAGAAGAGGAGAAUGAAGAAAUCAACAUGGAUGAAGAAGAGGCAAGGAAUGAAGAAGAGGCAGAAGACACAGAUGAGCCAGUCAUUGAGAAGAAAGUUUUGGCCUUUCGUACCCCGUCACGUCAAGUGGCACCCACCGCUAAAGCAACUGGCAUCAGUUUAAUCGAUGACCUAACUAUACCUACCCCUCCUCGUGGUAUCAAAGGUAGUAGUGUAACCCCCUCACCACCCAAUGGCAAGGGGGAACUUCUGUCCCCACCCCGUUCACCUAAGUCUCGCUCACCAGAGAAACAGGCAACAUUUGCUGGAGUGGUGGAGACGAGAGAGUACACACCCCCUGGGACGUCAUGCGGACACAGAGCUGGACAGGAGUUAUGUUACUUGUGUCAUCAGCGAGCUGUGAGGAAUGUCCCUGUCUCAUUUGAGGCAGAGAGGAGACGUAAGGAGCAGGAGCAAGACAGACUCUUGCAGCAGUACCAGCAUCUGAAGGAUACAGAGGCAAUCAUUAAUGAACAGGCCCAGAACUUAGGAAACAGGCACCAUUCCCAGAAGAUAGCGGCAUUCAAUCUGGGAGUCAGUGAGGCUAUCAAGAACAAAAAGAAGGAACGCCCAACGGAAUUCCAUAGAUCUUACGUCUUCCAGCGUCGCUGCUUGACUCCACCUCGGCACAUCAAGCAGGAGGAAUAUGCUGAACAGUUAGCCGGGCAAGUUGAAGCCAAAGCCACCAAUAAGAUUAGCCGUAAUCAUGACCAGGAAUUCCUAGAGAGAUUAGAACAAGUCCAAUUGGCAGAAGAGCUUGCAGCUCAGAGAGAACAAUAUCUACGAGACAAGGCAGCACAGACAGACAUGUACCAAAGAGCACUCUCUGCACAGAUUCACAUCCGAGACAGGCUAGCUAAGGCUGCCGAGUUGGCCAAUCAGGAUCAGCUAGGUUACAUUGAUGGAUCUAGGGAAGGUUCUCCCAGUCAGAGAGGGUUCAUUAGUCCUCGUCUUCUAGGACCAUUGAGUCUUCCUGUACCUAAGAUCAUACUACCAUUCUCCAAGACUGAACCACUUAGGCUAAAGCUGCCAGAUCAGCGCACGGUACGUUUCAAGCCCCUCCCACUCCCAGCAGCGGUACCUGACUCUAAGGAACCAAUAUUUGGCAAGAAUGACGCAACCAAUGAGCAGCUAGCUGAUAAGCGUCGGCGGGCCAUUGAAGUGUACAAGGAGCAACUAAGCGCAGUGGAGCAAACCAGACGGCAGAAACUACUGAGUCAUCUGAGAACACAACGGGAGGAGAUGGACAUACUAGACAGGACACGUAGAGAACUUGUAGCAGACAGGGCCAACCGUUUCAACGAUUCCGUCGUAACUCGCAAAUCUCUGGAGGACACAUGGAAGGAUGCGGCAAGCUUGAAACGACAGCGUGAAGAGGAGCUGAGACUGCGCGCUCAGAGCCCAGGAAUCCUUAUGCAUGAACAAUGUGAGGACUAUCAUCGCUGUGAGCAAUGUAAACGUCGUCUGAAAAACUGCGGCGAGUCCAACAUCUGGAGCGAGUCUCGCUACAUCCCUGGAUCUAGGCUCAUGGUAUAACGGAUCUUGUAAUAGAACAACCUACCUACCACCCUGAAACCAAUCUGUAGGAACCACUUGGAGAUACUUACCACCACUUUCGCACACGAGACAAAACUGAGACAAUAGGAAACAACCUGUGUAAUAUAUUUUUGGCACUGAAUGAACAGGUUUUAUUUAUGCAAAUUUUAAUUGGAAUAUGGUAAUUGAGUAUGGUGUAUGGUUUGGGGGUGGUAGGUACAUAUUCCACAGAAUUAACCAGAUUUGUUAAUAAUCCUGCUUGUACCAGAACAUUGAUUAUGAUCAAAUAAUUUAUAUUCCACAUGUAACAAAAAUCUAACUCUCUGAGAAAAUAGCUUGAAGAAUUAUGUGUAUGCGACUAAUUUUGUGGUUACAAGUCAAAUAUUACAGCAUCAUGGCAUUUUCAUCCCACCAAAGUAAAUUUUUAAAGUAAACAUAUACAUGUAAUUAAGUCUUUUAAUGCAAUCAAUCAUGCAUUUAAAAUAACCUCUUCCACAAGUACUGAGUUUAUUGACUUCACAAUAAGGCACUAUAAGAAUAUUUGGCAUCAUAACUAUUGUUUUCAAAGUGGUUCUUCAAAAUAUGGAUUUUGUCACAAAAAAUCAGUUCAUUUUUAUAGUUUUUUUUUUAAAUUCCGCACCUUAAAUUUGAUGAGCAUGCUUUUUAAAUCCAUUUUUGUUUUACAUGAUAAAAAGAAAAAUGUUGUUCACCAAGAGAUUGUUUGAUACGUGGGAAUAUUUUGUAAUGUUUUUAACAUUGUAAAAUACAUGUGCAUGUACUUGUAAAUAAUCGUUCCAAAUGCUUACUUCACAUGCUCUGGUAUGCCUUUAAAAAAAAUGGCGUUAAUCAACCAUUGUCUGUCCAUAUUUAAUACCAUGACCAUGUGAUCAAAGAUUUUGUAAUCUAAGUCAAUUAAAAUUAUUAUUUCAUGUAUUAUGAAUUUGUAGGUUUUUUUCUUCAAAACUGAAUGAUCUUCCAGUGAGAGUUCUUCUCAUAUGCCGUUCCAUUUUACUUAAACUUCAUUCCUUCCUUUUCAAUGCAAAAUACAAGUUAGCUAGGUUGCUAAGAUACGCAUCUAGGAGAAUCGUCCAAGUUGCAUGGUGACUGUUUAGCUUCACUGAACUCUAAAAGUUAAUCAACUACAGGAUAUUGUCACUUUGGUCGAAACUCCAAAUUAAUUGCUACAAUUAAUUAUUUUAAUGGUAUCAUGUAGAGUCGUGGCCAACGGGAACUGGCCAGGUGAUGUAACAGCAGCAUGGAAAUGUGUUUUGGAAGAAACAAAUUACAAAAUAAAUUUCAAAGCUGUUCAUUACUCUUGAUUAUGGAAUGUAAAGAUAAACAAAAAAGACUUCCGAAAAACAAAUUUUUUCUUGCAACUCAAUACAUGUAAUUUGCAGUGCUGUUUUCCACGUACAUUGUACAUAUCACUUUUAUUUGUCAGGGUCUCCUUACAGCAACUGUGUUUUCUGUGAUUGAAUAUUGUAAGCUUCGAAGUAUUAUUAAACUAUGCACCAGUAAAUGGACAAAAGCACGGAAACUAA